UUGACGCGCAUGCGCGGCGUGAGACCUGCUGGUUGACGAGUGGCGUUCUCCAGCCGGUGAGGCUUCGCAUCAGGAGAUUGGGAAAUCGGUGUGAGCAGAAAGAAUCAUGUCCCCGAAAGUCACAACAGAGCUGUUGAAACAGCUGAGGCAGGUGAUGAAGCAGAUGAAGGAGCCAGUUCAAGCUCUGAUUGUGCCUUCAGGAGACAACCAUCAGAGUGAAUAUAUUGCUGCGUGUGACCGUAGGCGUGAGUUUCUUUCAGGUUUCGAUGGUUCUGCAGGUACUGCAAUUGUAACAGAGGAGUAUGCAGCCAUGUGGACAGAUGGGCGUUAUUUUCUUCAGGCUGCCCAGCAAAUGGAUAAAAACUGGAUCCUAAUGAAAUUGGGUUUAAAGAGCACACCAAGCCAGGAAGAUUGGCUGAUAAAGGUAUUACCUGAACAGUCAAAGGUUGGUGUGGAUCCUUUUAUUAUUGCAUAUGAUCAAUGGAAAACAUUAUCUAAAGCACUGAAGAAUGCAGGUCAUAUUCUUGUGCCUAUGGAAGAAAAUCUUGCUGAUACGAUUUGGAAGGAUCAGCCGAGCCGACCUUGUAAACCUUUGUUAGUUAUGGAUUUGAGUUAUACUGGUAUGUCGUGGCAAGACAAAAUUGUGCAACAGCGUGCAAAGAUGGCAGAGAAGAAUGCCAGUUGGCUGGUGAUAACAGCCCUUGAUGAAGUUGCAUGGCUGUUCAACCUUCGUGGCUCUGAUAUAGACUACAAUCCUGUCUUCUUCGCUUUUGCUAUCAUUGGUCUAGACUCCAUCAGACUGUUCAUUAAUGAGAAGCACAUGGAAGACCCUGCUGUGCGAGAACAUUUGCAGCUUGAUUCAAAUGCAGCACCUGACUUCAGAGUUCAUAUACUCCAGUAUGGAUCUGUUCUGAGUGAACUACGGGCUAUUUGUUCCAAUAUGAAUUCCAAGGAAAAGGUCUGGAUCAGUAGCAAAGCCAGCCAUGCUCUUUCAGAAGCGAUCCCAAAGAUGCUGAGGCUGCAGACGGUUUACACUCCAGUCUGCAUUGCAAAAGCUAUAAAGAAUCCAACAGAGAUUGAAGGCAUGAGGCGAGCCCAUAUUAAAGAUGCAGUAGCUCUCUGUGAGUUGUUUGCUUGGCUUGAGAAGGAGGUUCCAAAAGGCAAAAUAACUGAAAUAGAUGCUGCAGACAAAGUUGCAGAAUUACGCAGCCAGCAAGAAAAAUUUGUAGGCUUAAGCUUUUCCAGUAUCUCCAGCAGUGGCCCAAACAGUGCAGUUAUUCACUACAGGCCUAUCCCAAGUACAAACAGAACUUUAUCAACAAAUGAAAUCUAUCUUUUGGAUUCUGGUGCCCAGUAUCGGGAUGGAACUACAGAUGUCACCCGCACAAUGCAUUUUGGCACUCCCACUGAGUUUGAGAAGGAGUGCUUCACUUACGUGUUAAAGGGACAUAUCUGCCUCGGUUCAGCAAUUUUCCCAAGUGGCACCAAAGGACACCUCAUCGACUCAUUUGCAAGAGCCAGCCUUUGGGAACAUGGCUUGGAUUAUCUUCACGGCACGGGACAUGGAGUUGGAUCUUUCCUGAAUGUCCAUGAAGGCCCUUGUGGUAUUAGUUAUAAAACGUUUGCUGAUGAACCUCUUCAGGCUGGAAUGAUUCUGAGUGAUGAGCCUGGCUAUUACGAAGAUGGUAGUUUUGGAAUACGGAUUGAAAGCAUAUUUCUUACAGUACCCGCAAAAACCAAGUACCAAUAUUUGAACAGAGAGAGCCUGAGAUUUGAAGCAUUGACUCUUGUCCCAAUUCAAACCAAAAUGGUGAAUGUUGACUUACUCACUGAAAAAGAGCGUGAUUGGCUCAACAGCUACCACCAGUUAUGCCGAGAAGUGAUGGGAGCAGAACUGGAGAAACAGGGAAAACUGGAGGCGUUGCAGUGGCUCAUGAAGGAAACGGAACCAGUCAGCAGAUGAUGGGCCAAAUGAAGUUUGCAAAAGGAAACAUUUUAUCUCUCUAAUCUAAUUUUGACCUUCUGUAAAAUGUACUUGACUGAUAAUUCAACAUCAUAAUACACUCCCAGAGCUGGAAUGAUUUCUCCUUUAAUGUUGCUAUGUCAUUCUUACAAAAUAAAGUGUCUCAUGUUUCUAAGUUUUCAGUACCUCUAUUUCCUUCUGGUUUGACUUUCAAAAAACUUUGCAUCUCCUCCCAUGAAACUUUUGUAAUAUAACAAUUUUUACAAAGAUGUUUUAGUCAAUGUUUUUGAUCACUUUGGUGCUUAGAAAUGAAGGAGUUAUUUAAACCAUAAAACCUAGAAGUAGAAUUGAAAUUCAAUGUCCGUACAUGUAGCCAGCCACAAAACAAAAUCAAUAGAACCCAUCUUUAAAAAAACCUAUCGAACACCCAAUGUGAAGGAAAAAACAAAUCAUGAAAACAAUAAAAAUAAGGAAAUAGCAUUUGGAACUCAAGUUCACAAAAGUAAGUCUACAGCCACGAAGCCAGUCACAGCCAAUCCAGGAAAUUAGAGAAGUCAAUGGCUUGAACACUGACUUCUCUAACUUCCGCUAAUGCCCCAGCUCCCCCUCGUACCCCAUCUGUUAUUUAUUUAUAUACACAAAUUCUCUCUCUCUCUCUCUCUCUCCUUUUUCUCCCUCUGUCCCUCUGACUAUACCCCUUGCCCAUCCUCUGGGUUUUCCCCCCUCCCCCUUUUCCUUCUCCCUGGACCUCCUGCUCCUCUCAUAUCCCUUUUGCCAAUCACCUGUCCAGCUCUUGGCUCCAUCCCUCCCCCUCCUGUCUUCUCCUAUCAUUUUGGAUCUCCCCCUCCCCCUCCCACUUUCAAAUCUCUUACUGGCUCUUCCUUCAGUUAGUCCUGACGAGGGGUCUCGGCCUGAAACGUCGACUACCUCUUCCUAGAGAUGCUGCCUGUCCUGCUGCGUUCACCAGCAACUUUGAUGUGUGUUGCCAAUCCAGGAACCUGUUAGUUGCCGCCACAGCCUUUUAAAACGGCCAAACAGUGGGUCAUUCCUCACUCCUGGACCCGGGCCCUGGCACUUCACUACACCUUCGGGCUUGGGACUACUAUCUCGGUUUGGCCCAUACCUGAGCUUUCUGAUCUGGUUAGGCGCUUGAAUUGGUCAUGUAUCAGCUUAUCCUUGCUCUCAAGCCUGGGCCCUGCCUCAGAUCUGCCGCUUUGAAUCACCUUAAUGUCUGCUCCAGCAAUUGCUAUACAUUUACUCAUUCCUCACCCUCUCAGGCCCAGGCCCUGCCACCUUGAUUUGGUGCAUACGUGCCACACUGCAACCUUCCUACACCUUCAAGACUUAAGUUCACACCACAAAAAUGCCAUGUUAUACAGGUGGUUCAAAAGCUCAACUCUGAAAGGGAAGUUACGGGUUAUUGAUUGCAGUGAUCAUUAUUGAGAAAAACUGUAAUUUUAAAGUAGAUCAUAGUCUUGUUUGCCGCCUGCCAACAAGUCGUCGUGAUUCACCAGUGCCAUCUUAAACCACUUGAUCCAUCCAGUCUGCUGUGCUAUUCCAUAAUUGCUGAUUUAUCCCUGUCAACCCCAUUCUCCUGCCUUCUCCCAUAACCUUUGAUGCCUUUACUAAUGAAGAUCCUAUCAACCUCCUCUCUAAAUACACCCAGUGACUUAGCCUCAACAGCCAUCUGUAGAAGUGAAUUUCACCUUUUGGCUAAAUGAAUUUUUCCUCAUCUCUAUUUCUAAAGGGAUGUCCCUCUAUUCAGAGGCCAUGUUCUCCAGUCCUGGACUCCCCCACCAUGGGAAACAUCCACUCUAUCUAGACCUUUCAAUAUUUGACAGAUUUCAAUGAGAUGCCCUGUAGCAAUGGAUGAAGUAUUCAUUAAUUCUGAGAUCAUUGUUUGAGUAGCUUUAUUAUUUGAGAUUUUAUUGAAUUUGUACAAAGUACUGCUACAUAUGAACCCCAGUAGUCCCAGCCUUGUUCAACAUCCCCCUUAGCUCACCUCUGCAGCAGCCAUAUGUUGGUUUUAAAACCUUAUUCCUUUGCUACUUUCCUCCCUUGCUUUGGCCUAUUCUUUCCCUGUAAGCUUUCCAAGAUAUUCAGUCUUCUGAGAUACAUAUUCUCCAAAAAAUGCCUUUUAUACAUUCCUGAAUUCCAAAAACUGUCCAUGGGUUUGCUUGACUUUUCAUGCCUUGAACCUAGGCUUCAAGAAUUUCUUCCUGAAGCCCUAUUUCUACUGAACACGUCUAUCCUCAAGACCUUGAUCUCUCUCGUACUUUUGUAAAUCGUCUUCUAGUUUUCCUUGAUAAUACUCUAGUGAAAGCAAUUCAUCACAAUGUGGUAUUAGACAAAGUUUAAGAAUUUUUGGAAUGUGUGUAUCAUUGGUAAAUCCAGAACGGGUUGCCCUAUUAAAAUGGCACUGUGCCACCUUCUUGCGUACUUGUUGUCCUGUA